GUCGGUGGCCUUGAGGAUUACACUAGCCUGGCGGACAGUUCCACACCUGCAGUCCUGCGACGGGUCCGGGUCCGCUACGUCCGUGCACGUCCAGAAUGCUGCUGCUCUUCCUGCUGUUGUUGCUGCCAGGGUCUAGACCCGCAGCCAGCCAGAAUUCAUCAGACACAUCCAGGAGGUCACACGUGUACCGACGUGGGAUAUUGGAACUGGCGGAUACUGUGAGUUGUGUGGGAACUCGACCUCCCCUAGCCUAUGCAAAAUAUGGUUGUUUUUGUGGCCUGGGAGGCCAUGGCAAGCCUCUGGAUGACACUGACAGGUGCUGCCACCAACAUGAUUGCUGCUACACUCGUGCUGAAGAGUUUGGCUGCAGCCCCAAGUUGGAGAGAUACCCCUGGCAGUGUGUCGAUCACCAGAUCCAGUGUGGACCUGCAGAGAACAAAUGCUACGAACUCAUGUGUGAGUGUGACAAGACCAUUGCGUACUGCCUCGCCAAGGCUAAGUACAACCUCAAGUAUUUGUUCUACCCUCGCUUUUUAUGUGAUGAGGAUUCUCCCACUUGUAACUGACUGUCCUGACUUGAG